AUAUGGCAAGGAUGAUCCUUGCGCCUUGCAAGGCAGCGGAGCAAAAUCGGCUCUACGACAAUCCCCCAUCUGACCCAUCUUGCUCCUGCGAGACUUGCUCACGCCGCCCCCGCCUGCCAACCCCGCCAGCGUGCAAGUGCAGUGGGUGCGUCCCUGAAGAAGGUCAGCUACAGCCCACCCGUAUGAAGAAGUGAGCUCCUGCUCCGAAAGGCACGAAGCUCAGCAAGUCGAUGGUCCUUGUGGGCAAGGCGCGUCUCUGUGCCCUACGCGAGGAUCUGUACACUGCUGCGCCUGCUCUAGAGGCGACCCUCUUUCCUGCCGUCCUGUACCUCCCAGACCCU